AUGAAUGGCCGCAUCUCCAGAUGUUCUCGAGUCCUUCUACCGAGGGCACAUUCAACCACGGCGUCCCUCCGUCAGGUCGUUCCCGGGUCCCUGUGGAAGCUGGGAAGGCUCAACCACAUCGCCAUCGCGGUCCCAGACAUGGAGAAGGCCACGGCUCUGUACCGGGACGUCCUGGGCGCCACGGUGAGCGCCAAGGUGCCCCUGCCCGAGCACGGCGUCUACACGGUGUUUGUGGAGCUCGGAAACACUAAACUGGAGCUGCUCCACCCUCUGGGGGAGAAGAGUCCCAUCUCCGGCUUCUUGCAGAAGAACAAGUCUGGAGGGAUGCACCACAUUUGCAUAGAGGUCGACGACAUUAACGCAGCGAUCGCCGACCUGAAGGCGAAGAACAUCAGGACUCUGUCGGCGGAGCCGCGGAUCGGUGCUCACGGGAAGCCGGUCAUGUUCCUCCACCCUAAAGACUGUGACGGCGUCCUGGUGGAGCUCGAAGAAGCGUGAACACCGUCGGGUCCAUUCACAUUUACUGUAUGAAUUCCAAUAGUUUGAUAAUCACAGCGACGACUGUUGUUGUUGUAGCAGUUCUCGUUUUGGAUGCGUUUGUUCCUCAGCGCUGAUCUCGACUUUCCUGUUUAGUUUGGGAGGAAAUUACAGUUUGGUGUGUGUGUGUGUGUGUGUGUGUGUGUGUGAGUGUGUGUGUGUGUGUGUGUGUUGGACAGUUUCCAUAAAGUGCCAAUGAACGAUUGGUGAUUCUUCGAUUGAUCUGUUCGCCUCCGUGGUACGACACAGGACAUAGAAGAUACAGGAAGAAACAGAUCUCACUUUCAUGUGGAUGAACUUUAUGUAAAACCAGAAACAGCUUUUGAAGUGAGAAACGUUAAAUAAAGUCAAACAAGUCUGCA